CCUUGUGCUGGUGACUGGCUUCCCUACACAGUGUCAGAGUCACGGCAGAGAACAAGAGCUGCAGUUUGCGCCGUGUUUACAAUUCUGGCUGUAAAUCGCCGCCAUGAAGACUCUCGGCGUAACUGCUGUAGUCUUCUGCAUAUUUCUGGUCAUAAAGAACACUGCAGCUGAUCAACGGACUGAGCAAGAUCUUCGCAAAGAAAAGGAGUCUUUUCUGGCCAAAAGAAUCGCUGAAGGUGACCCUGACCGUGAAUUCAGAGAGAGUAUCCAGGAGAGCAGCGUCCGGGAGAGAAGAGGAGGUCCUGGCAAUGAUGUGGAAAAGUUGGGAAAGAUAAAAAAUACCAUCGGGAGUAAAAGGGACAAUGUCCAUGUAAGAAAUGGAAUAAAGCACCGAGUUAAAGAAGAUGGGAAGAAACGCAUUUCCAACGAGGACUCCAAACGACGCUUCGGUACAAAUAAGUUUAAACCUUCCCAAGUCAAGAAUAUAAACAAGUAUAGCCGAAUCAAGACUGGUGAUAAGCGUAGCCUUAUCAAGAACAGAAAGAAAAAGCUUUCAUCGAAGAGGGCUGAAAGAGGUGAGGCCAUUAAGAAUAAGAAAAGUCGUCCCGAGCAGAAGGGGAAAAAAAUUCGUGAUGGACUACGCAAAACUGGCGCAAGACCUCAUGACGAUGACCGAGAGAAACGUCACCGAAACGAGAAGACGGAAACUGAUCGCGACAUCAAGACACAGUCGGCUAAAGGGAGGAAGACACAGUCGGCUAAAGGGAGGAAGACACAGUCGGUUAAAGGGAGGAAGACACAGUCGGCUAAAGGGAGGAAGACACAGUCGGCUAAAGGGAAGAAGACACAGUCGGCUAAAGGUAGUAAGACACAGUCGGCUAAAGGGAGGAAGACACAGUCGGCUAAAGGGAGGAAGACACAGUCGGCUAAAGGGAGGAAGACACAGUCGGCUAAAGGGAGGAAGACACAGUCGGCUAAAGGGAGGAAGACACAGUCGGCUAAAGGGAGGAAGACACAGUCGGUUAAAGGGAGGAAGACACAGUCGGCUAAAGGGAGGAAGACGCAGUCGGCUAACGGGAGGAAGACACAGUCGGCUAAAGGGAGGAAGACACAGUCGGCUAAAGGGAGGAAGACACAGUCGGCUAAAGGUAGGAAGACACAGUCGGCUAAAGGGAGGAAGACACAGUCGGCUAAAGGUAGGAAGACACAGUCGGCUAAAGGGAGGAAGACACAGUCGGCUAAAGGGAGGAAGACACAGUUGGUUAAAGGGAGGAAGACACAGUCGGCUAAAGGGAGGAAGACACAGUCGGCUAAAGGGAGGAAGACACAGUCGGCUAAAGGGAGGAAGACACAGUCGGCUAAAGGUAGGAAGACACAGUCGGCUAAAGGGAGGAAGACGCAGUCUGAUAAAGGGAGGAAGAAGCAGUCGACUAAAAAGAGGAAGUUGGAAGAAAGGAAUAAAAAACUCAACAAAGUGGCAAGGAAGAACAAAGCCAAAAGCCAAAGUGACGGGAAGAUGGGCGAAGAAAUUAGUGCACAGAAAACUAGGAGCAAAAAACUAUUAAAAUCAACAAAAAAUAAUGACAUUCGGAAAGACAGAAACAAAAAACAUAAAAGUGGCAAAAUAGGCAAAAAUCAGAAGAAGAAUAAACAAAACGAGGACGAAAAAGAACGUAAGGCCGACAAAGCAACACAGAAAAAGAAGCCUGCACAUCACGGAGGAAGCGGGGAACACUAUCCCCGCCCCCCACAAGGAGGAAAAAAGUGCAAGACUACUAAAAAGUGCACAAAAAUCGGCGGGAAGUGCACCUUGAAGAACAAGUGUAAGACCAGAGGUGUGGACGGCAAGUGCCAGGGAGCAUCGUGCUACUGUUGUCUCUCGGCAUGUGCACUGAAACCCAAAAAGAAGUGUCAGAAAUACAAGGGCGUGUGCAAGAAGAAGUGCGGGUCGACAGAGCGCCAGAUAGCCAAGGGCUGCUCCAACAAGAAGUGUGUCUGCUGUGCCAAGGCUUGCAAGCCCACGGACCAGUGUAAGAUGAAUGGAGGCUACUGUGUGGACAAGAAGAAGUCAUGCAAAGGAUGGGUCAACAAGGAUGGCUGCAAGGGAACCAAAUGUCUCUGUUGUUAUCCACAUUUGUAA